AUGCUAGUCUCAGUCCCCUCUCAUCACGUUACCCAUAGUCCUGUGUAAGCUGCGGCUUGGAUGACUCGUGGUUCACUGCAGGAAGAAAGCAAAGAAGACGCUUAACAAGACUGAAAAACAUACAGACAUGGAGCAACAACAGCAACCAAAUCAAGGUUACAUAAAACAGGAAGAACUUCAACCCAACUCUCAAUAUGAUGAGGGUACCAGUGAAGGAGGAGAUCAAAGUGGAAGCCUUAAGCGUUUUGCUGAAGGUGAUUACAAUGGUAAUAACAAAAGGUUUAAACAAAGUGGAGGACCAGAUGGAGAAACAACUAUAAGAAUACUUCUACAAAGCAAGGAUGCUGGUGGUAUUAUUGGAAAGUCAGGUUCCAACAUUAAGCGCCUAAGAUCUGAGUACAAUGCCGUGGUCAAUGUUCCCGACACCAAUUACUCAGAGCGUGUUCUUACUAUUACUGCAUCAACAAACACUGCUUUGGCCAUUUUGGGAGAAUGUGUACCAAAAAUUGGAGAGCAUUCCCGUGGUGGUGGUAACCCAACACAUGAUAUACAACUUCUUGUUCAACGAUCUCAAGUGGGAAGUAUUAUUGGUAGAGCAGGAUACAAAAUCAAAGAAAUACGUGAACAAUCAGGAGCCAACAUCAAGGUUUUCUCAGAUUGCCUUCCAAACUCAACCGAAAGGGUUGUGGCAAUCACAGGGACCAUAGACACAGUUGUUAAAUGUGUAGAGAUUAUUUAUGAGACUCUGGAAUCGACUCCACUUAAAGGACAGGUCAUUCUGUAUGAUCCAUCGAUGCAGGGUGGAUAUGAUGACUGGGGCUAUGGAUAUGAUGGACCAGAUGGACGGGGUGGAGCUAUGGGUGGCCGUGGAGGCCAAGGUAGAAAUGUUCGAGGUGGUUCAAGAGGAGGUGGUAGAGGCUCAAUGAAUAGAAGUGGUAGAGGAGGAAGAGGAGGAAGAGGAGGAUUCAGUGCAGGAGGUGGACAAGGAGGCAUGUUUGGUGGCAGUGGCGAUUUCUCACAGGACAUUGGAGGAUUUAAUGAAGGCUCAAACUUUGGAGGAGGGAUGAAUCAAUGGAAUCAAGGUCAAGGGUCAGGAGAUCAGCCCACUACAUCAACACAAGUUACUAUCCCUAAAGAUCUUGCUGGUUCUAUUAUUGGAAAAGGAGGAGAGAGAAUAAGAAGCAUCAGAAACAAAUGCAGAGCCACGAUAAAGAUAGAUGACCCAUUGCCUGGAGCUGAUGAUAGAAUUAUAACCAUCACUGGCACACAAGAUGAAAUCAAUUAUGCACAAUACUUGCUGCAACAAAGUGUUCGACAGUUUUCAGGAAAGAAGUUCUAAUGGGAUUUUUUGACAUGUACUGAAUGAACCACUGUAGAAAGGCCUACAUUAACAAUAUAUAUAUACAUUAUGUAUGUUUUCCCCUUGUAACUAGUAGACAAACAUAAGAUUAUUUUGUAGAGAUUACACUGUUCAUACUUACGAUGGUAAUUGUUUAUUCAAUUAGUACUCAAAUCAGUUAGAGGUUUCAAUAGAUACAUAGUUAGAUACCUGUUUAACAGCAUGUUUUUACUCAGUUAAGCAACACAAAGUUUUAUGUUAUUCAUUUUAUUGAUACUAAAACAUGUAAACUAUUUCAUAGAUUAGAGUUCAAAUAAAGGAUCAAAGUAAUCCUUAGGGAAAAAGGGUCCCUUGUUUAUUUCUAAACCUUUGAAAUGUACGUAAUUUUGACAAUAUUAAAGAAAUUGAUGACUGA